CCCUAACAGCUGCUUGCAGAGCUACAGCAUGGACCCUGUUGAGGAAACUUUAAAGUGUCCCGUCUGCCAGGACUUCUUUACAGAUCCUGUAAAGCUGCCAUGCGAACAUGACUUCUGUCUCACAUGUAUCCGAGCUGUCUGGGGAACAGAGGGGUCUGAUGAGGCUCCUUUGUUCUGUCCAGAGUGUCAGAUAUUCCUUCCCUCUGACCUCAUUCUGGAGGUCAACACCAGCCUUCAGACCAAAGUAAAUGACCUCACCACUAACCGGCAGUCGACGGCAGAGCAAAGGACACCUAGCAAAGCAUGGCAACUACUUCAUCUUCGACUGUCCACUGUGAUCACUGCAUCGAGAUGCCGUCGGUGGCCAUAAAGACCUGUCUGACCUGCGAUGCCUCACUAUGCCAGGCCCACGCCCUGCUUCACCAGCAGAGAACUGCUCUGAGGGAGCACACAGUUGUUGAGGUGACGGAAGAUCCGUUGUCUCUGAAGUGCAGGGAGCACCGUGAUGAGCUCAAGCUCUUCUGCUUGGAGGAGAGGGUCCCUGUGUGCUGCCUGUGUCUUCUGGUUGGCAUGCAUAAGAACCACAAAGCAAUUCAACUCCAAGAAGCCUGCGCAGAUUUCAAGAGCAUAUUAGAGGCCACCAUGAACCAAAUGCUGAAGAGGAGAAAUGAAGCAGAACAUGCUAUUAAGGACUUGGAGUCAUUGUAUACACAAACACUGAAUUCUGCUGCAGAUUUCAGAGAGAGAAUCUCCGACAAGUACAGCAGGAUCCGUGUUGUGCUGGACGGUGAUGAGCGUCUGAUGAUGCAGAUUAUAGACGCAGAGGAGACAUACAUGACAGAGUGGCUGGAGGCCCAGCGAGGCAUCAUGGAGGCUCAGAUCAAAGAGAUAGACAGCCUGAGGGCCUCCAGCAAAUCACUCCUCCGAGAAACAAAUGAGCUGCGAUUUCUACAGCAAAUCACAGCACAGAAUCUUUGUGACCCUUUCGAUUUAGCCCCAAUCCAGGAAGUAGACAAAGAUCUGUGUGAUCCUGAAAAGCUGAGAACAGUUGAGAGGCUGGUGGAUGACCUCUCAGUGGCUCUGUCCCAACACUUUCCCAGGAUGUGGUCAUAUCUAAGUUCUCCUGCUCUGGACUCCAAGUCAGCCCAUCCGAAACUGGAAAUAUCCCAGGAUAGGAAACAAGUGUACUGGAGAAGGCCGCCUGUCAGUGAAGCCCGGAGCCUUCAGCUAUAUGACUCUCAGUACAGUGUCCUUGCUCAGCAGAGUUUCACUAUUGGUCAGCACUACUGGGAGGUCAUUGUUCAGGAGAAACCCUACUGGCUAAUGGGUUUGACCACAGGGCCAGUCAAUAAAAAAGAUGCUCCACAUAAGAGUUCCUCCAGCCUGGGCAUAAACAACACAUCCUGGUGCAUCUACCAUGGGGACGGCAAGUACCUGGCCUGCCAUGAUACCCGAGGAGAAGCUGCUGUCGGUGAGAAAGAGAAUCAGAAAGCUGGGAAUACUGGCAAACCUCCAGAAGGGGGAGCUGUCAUUCUAUGACGCUGAUGCAAUGAACCUGAUUCACUCUUUCUGUGUGCAGUGCACAGAGCCUCUAUACCCAAUGUUGAACCCCUGCUGUGAUUUAAAUGGACUGAACAUGCAGCCGCUUACCAUGUUUUGGAUUAAGGAUCCCUGGGAUGUAAACAGAAACGGGUGCAAAGACUAAAAUGGCAUACUGAUGAUGUGUGUUCUUCAAAUGUUUCCAUGUUUAUUGUUUUUUUUGCUGUCAUUAACCUUGAACAAAUUUACAACAUGCUAUAGUUCCUUUUUCUGGAUCUUUCCCAGUUUAAACUAUGAUACAUUCAUUAAGCUACCUCUAUAAUGAAGUAUAACAAGAGCAGUGAAAGAUAAUGAACAUGUCAGCAGCAAUAUGAUGCUCUGAUAGUAUAUCAUUGUGAUCAUAUAAAGCUAUUGUUUUAUAGAAAGCUCUUAAGUAUUAAAUAUUGGUGUGUAGUUCAUGAUUUAUAGGACUUUCCAUAUGUUUUUGUUUAGUGUCAUGAGCAGUAAAUAUUUAAUAAGUGGUAUCGGGUGCACCCUAAAAGAGCACUUUUGUUCUGUGGUAAUAUCUUACUCGCAGCAGCUAAACAGCUAUCAUGUUUACUUGAUGUAG